CRGAAUGUUAGCUGGAGACAGGCACCAGCACCUCCUGACCCCACUAGGGACAAGGGUGUAAGAAAAUGGAUGGAUGCCUUGUACCAGGAUUCAGCUUGAAAAUGAGCCCAUGUCUCCCGUGUCUCUUCUACUCCGUGCCUCAGGAGAAGGGGGGUUAAAAAUCGCCUGCCAGGGCACGCCCAUCACUAGCGCUGUGGUUUUUACACCUGCCUCACCAACCCUGCCACUUUGAGCUCAGACCUCCAGGGACUGCUUCACCUGCAGCCAGCACCGACCGCUUCCUCCGAGGCGUACCGCCGGCCGACGCUGCGGACAGGUGUCCAACAUGAGCGCCGACGGCCGCUGACUGCAGCCCGCCUCCAUCCGACCAACUCUCUCUGCGGCGGAGGGGAAGCGGCGAGUGUUUUCCCCGCGCCGCCGCGGGGGGACGUGCGCUAAGUAACGGAGGACACAAACAUGCAAUAGGCGGCAUCCAGGUCCGCCGCUACGCCAGAGCGCUCCCACCGGACCUCCGUGUAYCUGCUGAACUUUACCCCUCCCACCCCUCCGCUCCUGACGCGAUGGCAGCCGCGACUCUCGGGGAAGUUGGAGGCGUCCUGCACGGCAUCGACGGCGUCGUUCACGUCGGCUCCCAUUUCGUCCUCACGCCUCCCGGGGACGGGCCGACUCUGCUGGGGGAGCACCACCUCGCCCCCGGGGACAGGCGGUACCUGCCGACCACGCCGGAUCUGAAGCACUUAAAGGGCAUUCUGAGGAGGCGGCAGCUGUACUGCAGGACGGGGUUUCAUCUGGAAAUACUUCCGGACGGCACGGUGCAGGGGACCAGAAAGGACCACAGUCGCCAUGGUAUUUUGGAAUUCAUAAGCCUUGCUGUGGGACUGAUAAGCAUAAAAGGAGUGGACAGCGGRCUGUACCUGGGGAUGAACGACAAAGGGGAGCUCUAUGGCUCUGAAAAACUGACAGCCGAAUGCGUCUUCAGGGAGCAGUUCGAGGAAAACUGGUACAACACCUACUCGUCCAACCUCUACAAACACGGAGAGAAAGGGACGCGUUACUUUGUGGCUUUAAACAAAGACGGGACUCCAAGGGACGGGACGAAAUCCCGACGGCACCAGAAAUUCACACACUUCCUGCCCAGGCCCGUGGACCCAGAGAGAGUGCCAGAACUGUAUAAGGAUAUCCUGGGACACAGUUGAGACGCCAAAGUCCCUGAUCGGGGAGUAGCUGCUUUAACGCCCCUGUUCAGCAGGGCGCAAAAUAAAACAAAACAAAAAAAAAAA